AUGCAGCUCGCGCUGCCGUUCGCCCUUCUGCUUGCCCUUGCGGCGGCGGCGCCGCAGGCGGCGCAGGGCGAGGUGGUGCUCGUUUGGGCAGUGACCCGCCACGGCGCCCGCAACGUGCUGCCCAAGAACGCGACCUUGGGGGAGGACGAGGCCACCGGCGGCCCGACGCUGCUGCCGCAGGGCAUCAACGGCAGCCGCGCGGCCGGCGCCGCCUUCCGGGACAGGUACCUGGCCCACCCCUCCUGCGCGCUCACCAAGACCUGCCUGUCCCUGCCAGGGGCCGAAAUCUACGGCCUGGUCAACACCGCAGGGGUCGGCUUCAGCAACUACGACACCCUUGUCAGAUCCAGCUCCCUCGACAGGACCAUCAAGUCGGCCGCCGCCUUCCUGAGCGGCGCCUUCCCCACCGCCGCGCCGGCCCCCGCGGCGGCCGCAUCGGGCGCGGCCGGCGUGCAGGCGGUGUCGCAAAGCUUCGUCUCGCAGCUUCCUCCCAUCUACACUGUCGCGGACACGGAGGACUGGACUGUCCGCGCCUACACCAAAUGCAGCCUGCCAGAUGCGCCCAGCGGCACGCAACCGGCCAUCCGUGCCGGCCCUCUGGCCAAGGACCGCCUGCUGCAGUGGUUCCAGUCCGACGAGUUCACAGCAAAGGAGGCCGAGACCAAGGCGACGCGCGAGGCGGUCGGCGCGCGGGCGCCCAACCUGGACGUGUCUCUGACCAACUGGUGGAACGUCUUUGACGCCUUCAACGUGUGGCGCAAGUACGGCGUCGGCGACGCGAUGCCAGACAUACCCGCCACCCAGUUCAAGCAGGUGUCCGCGAUUGCCGAGUGGCUGGAGACCGCCAAGAUGAGGUCAAACCUCACAGGCAAUGGCCUGGGGGGGCCGCUCCUUGGUGACAUCAUCGCACGCCUGCAGGCGGCCGCGGACGCCGUCACGGCCGGAGACAGGCUUCCCUGGCUGGCCACCCUGCCAGCCACGUCAGCGGUGCUCGCCUUCGAGCUCCACCACGGCCCCUGGAACGGCAGCGCCACCGGCCACCUGCUCGCGGUACGCCUGGUGUUCCAAAACGGCCCAAACGCGGAGUACCAGGCCGUUCCCCUGCCUCAGUGCUCAACUGGCGGCGCGGCCGCCAGCGACACGGCGGCCGCCGCGGCCGCCGAGGCGCUCGCGGGUCCGGGGGCGUGCGAGCUUUCCGCUUUCUCUCGUGCGUACGGUGGUGCGGGGAUUGACAAGCUGGGGGCAUGGUGCGAGGCGUGCCGCAACAACCAGACCAACGGGUGCGUCGCCUACCGGGCCCGCCAGGGCGGCGCCAACGGCGCAGCGGCGGUGCAGGGCGCCGGCGGCGCCGGCGGGGGCGAGGCCUGGAAGAUCGCCGUGAGCGUGGUGGCCAGCGUGGCGGGCACGGCGGCGCUGGCCGCGGCCGCGUUUGCUCUGUUCCUCAGGAAAGAGCGCUCCAAGCGGCGCCCAAUGCACUCCGCGCCGCUGGUGGGGGAUGAGAAGCCCGGCGCUUUCGCCAACACUCUGUGA